ACGAGGGAGCCAUUGCGGGACUUUCCGCCUGAAAAUCGGAGCAUUCCGCCGAGUGCCGACCGGUUGUCAAAGGCGGUUUAACGACGCGAGCGCGCUGCUGUUGUUGCCUUGCUACGCGUUCACUGAGCUUGACAACGGCUGUUUUUGUUCGAUUUGUCUUGGUCCUCCUGGCGACGACGUCGUUUUAAAGACACGGCUCUGACGACACAAAGCCCCGAGACGCGGUGGCGUCACGGAUAACGGCCUUGUUUUGAGUCGAACUGAUGCAUAUGUACCGAUUUGUAUUUUUUGCACGGCUUAUGCAAAGAAGGCGACAACUGCCGAUAUUCGCACGAUCUGACCAACAGCAAGCCGGCCGGCGCCAUGCUUUGCAAGUUCUACCAGAAGGGAAACUGUGCAUUUGGGGACCGGUGCAGGUUUGAACAUCUCAGUCCAUCACAAGACGAGCUGUCGACGCCUGAGCCGUUGCCUUCCACCUCCCGAGCCAGCCCGCCCGAUUUGGAGCUCAGUGGGCCGACACCCGGCCUAGGGGCACAAGAUUGGGUCAACGCGGCCGAGUUUGUACCAGGGCAGCCAUAUUGUGGACGUGCCGAGUCGGCCAACACGCAGAGCUCUGUCCCCCUCAUCGAGGAGUUCGACAGCGACGCGGCGGGCGACAACAAAGAGCUGAGGAAGCAGCUGUGCCCGUACGCCGCCGUCGGCGAGUGCCGUUACGGCCUCAACUGCGUCUACCUCCACGGCGACGUCUGCGACAUGUGCGGCCUGCAGGUGCUCCACCCCACCGACAACAACCAGCGCUCGGACCACAUCAAGGCGUGCAUCGAGGCCCACGAGAAAGACAUGGAGAUCUCGUUCGCCAUCCAACGCAGCAAGGACAUGAUGUGCGGCGUGUGCAUGGAGGUGGUGUUUGAGAAAACCAACCCGAGCGAGCGCCGCUUCGGCAUUCUCUCCAACUGCAGCCACUGCUACUGUCUAAAGUGCAUCCGUAGGUGGCGAAGCGCCCGGCAGUUCGAGAGCAGAAUCAUCAAAUCUUGCCCGGAAUGUCGAAUCACAUCCAACUUUGUCAUCCCAAGCGAAUUCUGGGUAGAGGAUAAGGAGGAAAAGAAGAAACUCAUCCAAACGUACAAGGAAGGCAUGGGGGGUAAACCGUGUCGAUACUUCGACGAGGGCCGCGGAACGUGUCCUUUCGGCUCCAACUGCUUCUACAAACACGCUUUUCCUGACGGGCGUCUGGAGGAGGCUCAGCCUCCGCGGCGGCAGACCGGGUCCAACAGCAGAAACCGGACUUCACGACACACGCGCCUCUGGGACAUCCUGGACGAGCGAGAAAGUAGCGACUUGUUCGACAACGACGACGAAGAGAUGGUCACGUUCGAGCUGAGCGAGAUGCUCCUCAUGUUGCUCGCCGCCGGCACCGACGACGAAGUGACCGACUCCGAGGACGAGUGGGACUUGUUUCACGAGGAAUUGGAUGAUUUUACGAAAUUUACCUAUAGCUGCACACCCCGAUCCCCCGCCUUCCCCUACAUACUCGCAUAUCGCCCACUCCCAAAUAUAUAUAUAUACACAAACACACACAAAUAUAUAUAUAUUUAACCCUAGAAUGAACUGUCUCGUGCGAGUGAUGGACUGUAGCUCCGCCCCCUUUCUCCCAAACUUCUUGUAUUGUGGCAGUGCCUUUAAGCAGGCCAUUAAUAAAUGAACUUAAAAAGAAAGAAAAGUGCAUUUGUGCUAUUAAAAAAAAAAAAAAAAAAUCCAAGUCCCUGAGACUUGCCCCUCGUUGUCUAAGCAAAAAUGAACUAAAAUUAUCGGAAUCUCAAGUUUCAUUUGUGGCCGCUGGUUUCACACGAUCGCCUACCCGUGUUUGUACAUAGUCUGCCACUCGAUGGACUUGUAUUCCGAUUGCGACGGCUAUGUUAGAUUUGACGCCUUUUCGAAGGCCCUUUCACCUUUAUUGAAGCUGUUAAUAGCUUAAAUAUUGUGCUAACUAUUAAUCAUAGCCACGUUCCUGGUGCAUUCAGUAUUUUACUGGCCCACCAUGACUUUGUUUUGUUCCAUCAACGAUCAAUAGGCGUGUCCGAUCACAAUGCUUAAAAGCCCUUCCCGAUUCAUUUGCACCUUAAGUCACUGAGCAGCUCACAAGCGAUAUGAACUUUCAAAUCCCCCAACCCCACCAGACCCUUUCAUUUCAUUAAGUGCAAUAUUCUACUAUCUACUGACUUUAAAUGUUUGGGAAAAAAAAUCCAGGCUACAAAGUACAUCGGGGGGGAUGGGAUUGGGGAGGGAUGGGAAUAGGGGCCACACGUCGGCUUUAUUGGCCGUAUUUUUAUUCUACACGUUUGAACUGUACUCGUGAAAUGUUUCUCCGCUCCCCCCCCCCCCCCCCACGAAAACUGGUUUCAACCUGUCCAACUCUGUUGGAAUGCAGAUGUUUAUACUGAAAUGUGUGUUUUCUAUGUUCCACGGCCAUCCAUCUUAACUUGAAAUUAAAAGUUUAUCAAUACG